AUUAUAUUACUUAGAGUGAUUAAUAUACUUGUUAGAGUGAUUUUAAUGCAUCAAUAUGCUGCCGUAACACGAUUAGUUAAACAAGGAACUGGGAAAACCACCUUAGCAAUAGGUGAUGGUGCAAAUGAUGUUGGAAUGAUUCAAGAAGCUGAUAUUGGUGUUGGCAUCAGUGGGAUGGAAGGUAUGCAGGCAGUGAUGGCCAGUGACUUCUCUCUUGCCCAAUUUCGAUUUUUGGAAAGGCUUCUGGUUGUCCAUGGACACUGGUGCUACAAGAGGAUUGCACAGAUGUUAUGCUAUUUCUUUUACAAGAACAUUGCGUUUGGUGUUACUCUCUUCUACUUUGAGGCAUUCACUGGUUUCUCUGGGCAGUCAAUUUAUGAUGACUGGUACAUGAUAUUCUUCAAUGUCCUUACUUCGUUCCCUGUCAUUUCACUUGGAGUUUUUGAACGGGAUGUUCCUUCUGAUGUUUGCUUGCAGGUUAGCAUGAAAACAGAUCUUCGGUAGUAUUUCAUCCACUUUUCGGUUGUUUGUAUUAUAUUAGAAUGUUUAUACAUUCCCCCUUUUUUAGCAGUUCCCCGCAUUGUAUCAGCAUGGGCCUAGGAAUUUGUGUUAGAAAAUAUGAAUGGUAGAAGAAUAAAAGAAUUGUUAUGAG